CUAGGUCAACAAAGAUAAAACACAAAACGCAAUUCCAUGGCCUCCGACAAAGAUUCCGACCGUAACCUAGGUUACAUGUCUCAGAAGGAUGCGGAAGUGAAGCUUCCACGAACGACGCGUGUCAAGAACAAGACACCUGCGGCGGUUCAAAUCACUGCCGAACAGAUUAUAAGGGAGUCAAGACAAGAGUCUGAGAUCCGUCCGCUUAAGCAUACAAUCACUGAUUCAAACGAGCUUUCCGACUACAGACUCAGAACUCGUAAGGAGUUUGAGGAUCGGAUCCGCCGCCCAGGGAACAACAUCCAAGUUUGGGUCAAGUAUGCCAAGUGGGAAGAGUCGCAGAUGGAUUACGCACGUGCUCGUAGCGUGUGGGAACGAGUCUUGGAAAAAGAAUACAGGAAUCAUACCCUAUGGGUCAAGUACGCUGAGUUUGAGAUGAAGAACAAGUUUAUCAACCGUGCAAGAAACGUUUGGGAUCAUGCUAUUACGCUUCUCCCUAGAGUAGACCAGCUUUGGUACAAGUAUAUAUACAUGGAAGAGAAACUUGGGAACAUAGCCGGAGCUAGACAGAUCUUUGACCGGUGGAUGGAGUGGUCGCCGGAUCAAGAAGCUUGGCUCUGUUUUAUUAAAUUCGAACUCAAGUACAAAGAAACAGAACGUGCAAGAUUCAUAUACAAGAGAUUUGUUCUUUGUCAUCCAAAAGUUUCUGCCUUUAUUCGAUACGCAAAGUUUGAGAUGAAACAUGGUCAUGUUGAGCUCGCUAGGGAGGUUUACAAACGUGCAACGUUAGAGUGUGCAAACGAUGAAGAUGCUGAGUCUCUCUAUGUGGCGUUUGCUGAAUUUGAAGAACGAUGCAAGGAAUUAGAAAGGGCUAGGGUUAUCUACAAGUUUGCUCUUGAUCAUAUACCUAAAGGAAGAGCAGAGGACUUGUACAGCAAGUAUGUUGCGUUUGAGAAACAGUGUGGGGAUGUUGAUGGGAUUGAGGAUGCUAUUGUUGGGAAGAAGAGGUUUGAGUAUGAAGAUGAAGUUAAGAAGAACCCUUUGAACUAUGACUCGUGGUUCGAUUACGUUAGGUUGGAAGAGACUGUUGGGAACAAAGAUAGAGUAAGAGAAAUCUAUGAGAGAGCUAUAGCUAAUGUUCCACCGGCUCAAGAGAAACGUUACUGGCAAAGAUACAUAUAUCUUUGGAUAAAGUAUGCUUUAUAUGAAGAGAUUGAAACUGAAGAUGUGGAGCGUACACGAGAUGUUUACAGAGAAUGCCUCAAGCUUAUCCCACACACCAAGUUUUCUUUUGCCAAAGUAUGGUUGCUGGCUGCAGAAUAUGAAAUCAGGCAAUUGAAUCUCACUGGUGCAAGGAAGAUACUAGGAAAUGCCAUUGGGAAAGCUCCUAAAGUUAAGAUAUUCAAGAAAUACAUUGAGAUGGAACUCAAGUUGGGGAACAUAGAUAGAUGUAGAAAACUAUACGAGCGUUAUCUUGAAUGGUCUCCAGAGAAUUGCAAUGCUUGGAGAAACUAUGCUGAGUUUGAGAUUUCUCUUGCUGAAACAGAACGUGCAAGAGCUAUCUUUGAACUUGCAAUAUCUCAGCCUGCUCUAGACAUGCCUGAACUGUUAUGGAAGACUUACAUUGAUUUUGAGAUAUCAGAAGGGGAACUAGAGAGGACACGGGCUUUAUACGAGCGGCUCUUGGACCGUACAAAGCAUUGCAAGGUGUGGCUUAGCUUUGCAAAGUUCGAAGCUUCUGCCGUGGAAGACAAAGAAGAAGGCAUCAGAAGCAUCAGAGCUAUAUUCGAUAGAGCCAACGCAUACUACAAAGACUCAACACCGGAGCUGAAAGAAGAGCGUGCUAUGCUUUUGGAGGAAUGGCUUAACAUGGAAACUGGCUUUGGUAAUCUAGGGGAUGUUAGUGUGGUUCAAGCAAAGCUCCCUAAGAAGCUCAAGAAGAGAAAAGCCACCAGUGGUCAAGACGGCUCUACAGAAUACGAAGAAUACAUUGACUAUUUGUUCCCGGAGGAAUCACAGACUACGAAUCUUAAGAUUCUUGAAGCUGCUUACAAUUGGAAGAAGCAAAAGGUUGUUAAAGCUGGAGAAUGCGUCAUUAGUGGUUAAGUUCAUAAUGUACCUACGUGAUGACUCUUGUGGUGAAUAUUAUUAUAUUAGAACAUAUGUUUGAUCUAUGUAUGCUAAUUUGUAACCCAAUUUAAACAUAGAUGUGAAUGAAUACUUAUGCUUAUGUGUUUUUUUUAAUGCAUUUGAAUGUUGUAGAGA